AUGCUGCGACUCGCACGCGAGCUCAAGCAUCAGAGCAUCUCGAGACGCGAUGACUCAUCCGAGGAAGACGAACUUCAUGUCGAGAGGCGUCGCAGCGCUCGUCUGAACCCGAAGCAGGAGCAGGAAUCAAUACGUGAUUCGGGUACGGAAUCGGACGAAGACGAGCUGGAAGAAAUCGCUCAGAACAAGCUCUGUGUGAACAAUGUGGAAGCGUUUCUUUCCGGCAGUCCUCCAGCCCUCUCAAGUUCUCCACCUCUCGCCAGCGACAUUGAUACUGAGAGUUGGGACAGCUUUGGUCACGAGUCUGGCAUUCUGACGGGUGAAGGGGAUUUGACCUCUGACGACGAUGGUUGUCCCACUCCAAAACCACGACGUCGUAUGCAUGGUGGUGCAUUCAGCUCGAUGAAAUAUCCAAAGGAGCAGUGUGAGUUCCCGCUCAUAAAUGUUUGCGGAAUCGCAGAAAAACGCCGCUAUAGUAUGACUGAAAAAACCGAGAGUGAGCCAGUUGCCAGCCGCCUGAGGCGCAAUAACGAUUCGCCAAGAGAUAUAAUUGUGGCGGCAAGACGUGCGCCGGUCCGCCUACUUAUCAACAAGCCGUAUUCGAGCAGAAGCAACGCCUGUGCGUCAAAUAAAACAGUUUCUUCUGCUAGCAAUAGCGAGGUCCCUUGCCCUGCUGCUAAAAGGAAUCGGUGUAACAGUUGGCGGCCCUACCUUGAUUUGGAAAAAAUGAUUAGAAACCGCAUUUCAAACGAAACACCACGCAGUGGCGUUAGCAAGAAAGAUCAACACUCUCAGGAUCAUUAA